AGCGAGCGACACAGAAAGAAUCGAGAUACACAUAUACAUACAUACAUACAUAACAACCACACACAUACAUACUCGUUCAUAAUCACACACGAAAAAACCCAAGCAAGCAUUGUCCCAAAUAGGAGGGCUGGAGCCUGGACAGAAACGAUCUCAGUUCGCUUCCAGAUCUGUGCUUCCACUCUUGCAUGUUGCAUCCAGAUUUAUUCAUAAGAGGGACAGAGAAGUCUCGGUUUUUACCUCUGGAAGUGUAUAAGAGAAACAACAAUUUUUCUUGAUGAUUCAUCUUUCUUUGCUUGUACUCUAUUCAGGACACUUUUAGAGUUAUAUUCCUGUUUUCUCGAUGUUCAGUUUUGUCUAAUAUUAGGGAACUUUUUUGUCUGUUCUUGGCAAGGCCAACUAUGCAGUAUUAAGUGUUCAUCCAUAUGCAUUUAUGAUGGAAGGCUGCCCCUAGUACGGACAUUUGUGUACAUGGUCGGCAUUUGGACAGUGGCGUGAACACUAUGGAUCCAGUCAAUGGAGGCAACAGUCUUAACAAUCCCAGUCUUGCCUCCAAACAAAGGUUACGUUGGACGCAUGAGCUUCAUGAACGAUUUGUUGAUGCUGUGGCACAACUUGGAGGACCUGAUCGUGCCACUCCAAAAGGGGUUCUUAGAGUAAUGGGUGUACAGGGUUUGACAAUUUAUCAUGUCAAAAGCCAUUUACAGAAAUACCGGCUUGCAAAAUACUUACCUGAGUCGUCAUCUGAUGGGAAAAAAGCUGACAAGAAGGAGCCGGGGGAUACUCUUUCUAAUAUGGAGGGUUCAUCCAGUGGGAUGCAAAUUACUGAAGCAUUGAAGCUGCAGAUGGAGGUCCAGAAGCGCUUGCAUGAACAAUUAGAGGUACAGAGACAGCUUCAGUUACGUAUAGAGGCCCAAGGCAAGUACUUGAAAAAGAUUAUUGAAGAGCAACAAAGACUAAGUGGAGUUCUUUCAGAUGGGCCUGGUGUGGGUGAUAAUGGCCCAGAAUCUGACAAGACAGAACCAGCGACCCCUGCUCCAACAUCUGAGACACCCCUCGAACUCCUAGACAAGACUGUCAAGGAACAUACCCCAGCUAAGAGUCUUUCUGUUGAUGAAUCCCUAUCAUCUCACCAAGAACCAUCAACCCCAGAUUCUGGCUGCCAUGAUGGUUCCCCAGCCGAGAGCCCUGAAGGUGAGAGAUUAGUGAAGAAGCAAAGGGUUAGCAUGGGUGGAGCGUUUGCUAAUCCAGAUUUAGUGCUUACACACCAAAUAUUGGAGUCAAGUUUAAAUUCUUCUUAUCAGCAACCACAAUCUGCUUUCCUGGCUGGAGAGCAGUUUGAAUCAUCAAGAAAUACUGUUGGGAAUAGUGAUCAACUGGAAAAUGUCACAGCCGGCAAUCUGUAAUCCACUGUCCUGAGUAGCGCUGCCUUGUAUGAGUGUGUUAAUUAUGUAGAGAUGUCAAUGAUCAGAUCAAAUGAUGCUGUUAAUCAUAGAUGUUUUGGGUUAACUAGGUUCAACCAAUGCACAUUCAUAAAAUGUAACCAAGGUUAUUACAUGGGAGAGUUGUUACUGUGAACAAGGGUAAGAACUAGUUCAGUUAUCUACUAACAUUAUAUAACGUUAGAUCUUAUGCUUAAUUGUUGUCCAAAAUUCUUGAUAUUCUUCGGUGGAUGAUGUUUGACUUUGAAA